CUCCGGAUUGGCUGUCGGCAAUAAUCGGUCAACAAGAGGACCUAAGGGGGGGCACCGGAGGGCACAGGGCAACAUGUUUACUGCCACCCUCUCGCAUAAUUAGUUGUUCGGGUCGAUUAACUCGCUUUAUUUGAUUUUCUAGACACUCUAAACUCGCCCGUGGAGGCGCGCCGACAAUGUUUUUGUGCCGUACGAGGAGGCUGUUAGUAGCGGCUCUGGAUCAGGCUUCUGAACGUCCGGGCUCGUUUCUGGUGCGGGUCAAAGCAAACGGACCGAGGUACGUCUCGCUGACAGUCCGGACAGGCCCGACGUUUCAGCGUCUCCGCUUCCUCAGCGCGUCCACCGGCGGACUCGAGGUAAAGCGAGCGCCCCACAAACCUGAACCCGUCCAGAACUGGGACGAGUCGGCUUGUUUGGUAAUAACAGAGUGGGCACUCUUGGACAGGGUUGCAGCCCUGGCUGGGAAUUUGUCCAGAAGCGUGCACCAAGGGGGCGGUGAAUUUUGUAAGACAAGGCUCGGAGGAGACGCGAAGGGUGCCGCUUUGUUUACAGGUAAAACCAGCAGCAGAAGCAUGCAGACCAGAGCUGCGGCCACAAAGAGGAGCGAGGAGCAGACUGACAGCAGCAAACCGGAUCUCCAGGAGGCUUCCUCUACCUCAAGCACAGAAAAAGACCCAGGAAACACACCAGACCCAGAGGAAGGAAAACCAAGCAAGGCCCAGCAGCUAAAGAAGGUCUUCAAAGAAUACGGAGCAGUGGGAGUUUCCUUUCAUAUUGGAAUCUCUCUCAUGUCUCUGGGAAUGUUCUACCUCCUUAUAUCCAGUGGGAUCGACAUGACGGCUAUGCUGUACAAACUGGGCUUCAGCGAGGAGCUGGUUCAGUCUAAAAUGGCAGCAGGAACCAGCACGUUUGUCCUUGCCUACGCCAUCCACAAGCUCUUUGCUCCCGUUCGCAUGAGCAUCACUGUGGUGUCGGUACCUCUCAUCGUUCGCUACUUCAGAAAGACCGGACUCUUUAAACCGCCCACACCUGCACCCUGAUGACUCUCCUCUCCUCUUCUCUUCCGCUGCUUCAUGAAACAGCAAACAUCCUGAAUGGUCAUAAAAUAAAAGCCCAGAAUUUAUUCUUUUAUUCUCCAUUUCCCUUUUGCUCUGUACAGCAUACAGUCUUUUUGCAAUUGUGAAAUCAGGUAAAAUAUGUUCUGCAUUUGUUGCUGCUGUAACAUAAUCGCUUUUACCAUGAAAGGUCUGAUGUUAUGUCUUAAUAUUUAUUCAUUCUUGAAAUAAAAGGAGAGAAAAUAA